AUGAAGAAGGUUUGGAAUCUUAAUGGUUCGAUGUCUUUACUCUCUCUUGCUGACGGAUUUUUCCUUAUGAAGUUUACCUCUCUAGAAGACCUUGACAAGGUCUGGAUGGGAGGUCCUUGGUUUUUGCUGGGAAAACCUUUCAUUCUUCAAAGAUGGUCACCAAAAUUUCAACCAGUUCGGGAUGAGUCUGCUUCUAUUUUGCUCUGGAUUAAAAUCAUUAAUCUUCCUCUUGCCUUAUGGAGUCCUACUGGUAUAUCCAGGAUCGCUAGUUAUGUUGGCAUUCCUAUUUCAGUGGAUUCCCUUACUGCUAACGGAACCCGACUCACGUUUGCUAGAGUCUGUGUUCAAAUCAACAAGAACUCCCCUCUUCAUGAUGUGAUUUCUAUUGAGAUUGACGGAGAUGACAUGGAUCUAAAGGUGGUAUAUGACUGGAAACCUACCCCUUGCGAGGGUUGCGGCUCUCUAUUUCACCCUUUCUCUCUCUGCUCAUCUAACCGAAAUCCCAAACCCUCUAUCUCCAUUGUCCAUCGUCCCCGGGGUAGGAGCAUGAGUAGGCAUCCUAAUUCCAAAAAUUUGAGCACAUCUGCUAAACCCCCAAUUCCUAGACCCACAGUGGCUGCUCUUGUGAUAUCUCCUCCCUCUCAGGAUGCUGUUAUCCCCUCUGGAAUUGGCCCGUCCAAUUCUGUGAUAUCUCCUAAGACCACCCCUACUAAGUAUGUUCCUACGUCUACUUCUGCUGCCUCCACCUCUCCAUAUGCUUCCCCCAAAUCUUCUACACUUAAUGCUUUCGUUGACCACCUCUUCCUAUUCUCAAUCUUCCCACAGAAUUUCAUCGUCUUCUGA